AAGACGGAUAUCUUGUUAGCGGCUCUGUCAAGGGAUCCCAUUAGGUGUACGACUAAUUGUAAGUGCAUGAGGGAUGUUGAAACAAAAGUCUGCCAAGGAUUAUGUGGCCAUUAACUUUAGGCAAACAAGGUGUACCGUGAAUUGUAAACAUCAUUGAGACAAGGUGUACCGUGAAUUGUGAACAUUUAGACAAGGUGUACCGUGAAUUGAGAACAUUUAUACAGGGUGUACCGUGAAUUGUAAACAUUUAGACAAGGUGUACCGUGAAUUGUGAACAUUUAGACAAGGUGUACCGUGAAUUGUGAACAAUUAGACAAGGUGUACCGUGAAUUGCGAACAUUUAGACAAAGUGUACCGUGAAUUGUGAACAUUGAGACAAGUUGUACCGUGAAUUGUAAACAUUUAGACACGGUGUACCGUGAAUUGUAAACAUUUAGACAAGGUGUACCGUGAAUUGUGAACAUUUAGACGAGGUGUACCGUGAAUUGUGAACAUUUAGACAAAGUGUAUCGUAAAUUGUGAAUAUUUAGCCAAAGUGUAUCGUGAAUUGUGAACAUUUAGACAAAGUGUAUCGUAAAUUGUGAACAUUUAGACAAAGCGUAUCGUGAAUUGUGAACAUUUAGACAAAGUGUAUCGUAAAUUGUGAACAUUUAGACAAAGUGUACCGUGCGUUGUGUGGAUAUUCAGAAAAUGUACCACGAACUUAAUUGAUUUACUUUUCUUCACAAAGUUAACGAUGUGUAAAGAUAUUUAAACAGACAGACUUUAUCAUGAGUUUAGCGAAUAUUUACAAAGUGUACAGUGAGGAGUACGAACAUUUCAUACACACAAAAUUUUCCAUGUAGAGAAAGUUCACUGGGAACUGAACGCAUAUUCACCGUACAUCGCAGACUAUCAACAUGAAGUGUGUUAGUCAGAAACCUCACAUCACGAACUCAAGUGGAGUAUACAUCCUGCCCAAAACGAUGGUUCUGGGCAGCGAACACCGUCCAUCGAUCUUAAGGCGCUGUCGCUGGCGGGAACGGCAAACACGGAAACAAGAUGGAGGACCCCGUCAACACCUCGAGUCUUGAGUACAUGACCAACAACUACGCCGGAAACGGAAGUAUGAAGCUAUCGAUGGAAACCGCAUGUGGGCCCGGAAACGGGAAUGGGAGCACGCCAUGUAAAGAGGAGGGCAUGGGCAUCAAUUUAUCAACCCCCAUCCUCAUGUUGUCUUCUGGACUGAUGGGCAACACAUUAGCCCUUGUUGUACUUUAUACAAUGAAAAAGGAAACUAAACAGACUGUAUUUUUUACACUCUUGGCCGGACUGGCCUGGACUGACCUGAUUGGUCAACUGAUGACCGGUCCGAUAGCAAUCAUUGUGUAUGCGAACAAUUUGCAAUGGGUAGGCGGAGAGGCGACCUGCAUGUACCACGCCUUUUCCAUGAUAUGUUUUGGCUUUCUGACACCCGUCCUUGUGUGUGCCAUGUCGUUGGACAGAUUAAUAGCUCUCAAAUUCACAUUCUUCUAUGCGAGAAAUUUUACGCGAAAAAAGGCCCAGAUAUUGGUUGUGGUGUGUUGGAUAAUUGUAUUAUUUGUAUGUUCGUGGCCGCUCAUGGGAUUCGGAAGUUACGAAAAACAAUACCCCGGAAGUUGGUGCUUCCUAAAUUUCCAUAAAGAGAGCAAAACUGACGUCGCCUUUGCGACAACCUAUUCUGUGAUAAAUCUCCUUCUCAUCGUCAUUAAUUUCCUCUGUAAUAUCGUCGUCAUAUCAACAGUAAUAAAUAUGAGGAAGAAAAGGAUUAUUCAAAAUUCGCCAUCGAUAGACAGAAAACGGCGACCACAUCGUUCCAAGUCACAGAAACGACUGCAGUCAGAGACACAAAUGGUGGUAUUUAUGUGUACCAUCACGUUCGUGUUUAGUGUCUGCUACAUACCAUUCAACGUAAAUAUCAUAGUGAACCAGGUGACGGGGGUUACCAACCAUCGAGUGGACCUCAUGGUUCUCCGUUUACUCGCAAUUAACCAGAUCCUUGAUCCGUGGCUAUAUAUCUUACUGCGCAGAGCUCAACUAUUGAAAAUCCUAAACAACAUAAAAUUAAAAAUCUGUUACGCUUGCGGCGGAGGAUCAGGUAGUUUUAUACCCUCAAAGCAAUAUGAAUACCCGCACGAUAAAACAGAUGCAGAAAUGGGCAAAAGCUAUGCUCUGAAAUCAGUGAUGGGUGAAGUUGACACUCAAGUGCACCCUAUCGAAAACGGAAGUGACUCUUCCGGAAGUAGAGACAGUCUGGGGAGUACAUCGAACCUGAUUCAGGAAUGUGAGCUAGAACCGAGGCCACAUCGUAAAUAUAUGCGGUCAAUUUCGGCCGACAACAGUCAUCCACUGAGUGGACCCAGUUUAAUUAAUGACAGUGAUUCCGAUGUCUUUCGAGAAGAAAUGGCGUGCUUCAGGACUUUGUUUGGUUCGGACAAACGGAAAAAGCAAACACCAUCUAGGCGAUUAUCUGUGGAACAUUCGAUAGAACGAACUCCGCGGACAAAACGGCUGUACAGUCUCCCGAACAAUAUAGAUAUCCUCAGACGGGAGGCACUGCUAUAACGUCAAAAGUGCUAACAUAAUAUGUGAGAUAGAUAUUACAGUAUUUACAUUCUGAAGCAGACUUCGACAUUCAUUUGCCGAAUCUAUUAAAUGCAUUUGAAUUGUCCAAGACCUGUUUUCCUUUGACAAGACACAAGCCGUUACGUCACCAUCUGUUUUCUCUGAACGGAAUAUGGAGACUAGUGUUUUGUGUUGGGUUUUUUUACAUAAAUUUGAAAACUGUUUUUAAGUAAACUUGAUGGUUGUUUUCAUGUUGUCCUUGUGAUUUAAUGUGAACCUAACAGUUAUCAAAUUUAAGUAAACCGACUUUUGUUUCAUUUAGUAAAUCCGACAUUUGUUCGUUAAUUAAGUUAUUUGCUGGUUGCUGGAAUUAGCAGAUGUUUUUUUUUUUUUAUGUGCGAACGAAUGUUACACAAUAACUAUGAGAACCAUAUCACGUAGCCAGACCUAGUGUCACUUUACCAAAUGUAUUAACGAUGCUAGGGAUGAAAUUUCGUCAAAUAUCUAGAACGAAUGAUUUUAAAUGACCGACAUAGUGCUACGUUCCUGCAGUUGUCAAACGUCAAAGAGAUUCGGAGAGAAACGAGGGAGCGAUAGAUAGUUGUAUGGCUUGUAGUAACUAUUAGCUGUCUAUGUUUAUGUGAUAUGUUCCCCUAGUUACGCUAAGUAUUCUUGUUUCGUAAUUGUAAAAUUAUUAUCUGUUGUUAAAUAAAUUUGUUGUUUUCUA